AAGGCGGGGCCUACAACCCUGGGGGCGGAGCAUAUGGAAAACCACAAGUCCCGGCAGGCCGUGCGCUGGGGCCGUGGAGGCUGCUGGGAGAGUGGUUUCUGUCGUGCUUCCCCAGUUGUGUGGGGGCUGCCAUUGACUUGCCGUCAUUGCAGAAACGAGGUCGCCAAGUGAUGAUGCUGUGAAGUCGGCCGCCAGUCCUUGCCACGCCCGGGCGGUUACUGGCAGCAGCUGCAGCUUAGGCUGCCGCUUCGAGGCUGCCGCCGUUUUAGAGGCUUCUCCCUGAGGGGGCGCGGGCGGACGACGGAGGACGCCGGGCCAUUCCGGUCAUGACUGUCCAAGAUAUGAUCACAUGAAAGCAUCCAUUACUGCAGAUGUCAUUUGACUCAUCAGAGAAAAUCUGUCUCAAAGAAAAUAUCCACAUGACUAAAACCAUUUCUUUAUUGAAUGGCUUGAUGGAUUUCCUUUACUCUGAUUCAUACCAAAGCUGUCCGCCUUCUCAACCAAAGCAAGAAAGGAUCCUAUAUGAGUCAGCCCCAGAAUGCCAUUUUUACAUCACCAACAGGUGAAGAAAACCUCAUGAAUACCAAUCACCGAGACUCGGAAAGCAUCACUGAUGUCUGCUCCAAUGAAGAUCUCCCUGAAGUUGAGCUGGUUAAUCUGCUAGAAGAACAGCUACCGCAGUAUAGGCUAAAAGUAGACUCUCUCUUUCUGUAUGAAAAUCAAGACUGGACUCAGUCCCCACACCAGCAACAACAUGCAUCUGAUGCCCUUUCUCCAGUGCUUGCUGAAGAGACUUUCCAUUAUAUGAUUCUAGGCACAGACAGGGUGGAGCGGAUGACCAAAACUUACAACGAUAUCGACAUGGUUACACAUCUCCUGGCAGAGAGAGAUCGUGAUCUGGAACUCGCUGCUCGAAUUGGGCAGGCUCUCUUAAAGCGAAACCAUAUCUUAUCGGAGCAGAAUGAAGCCCUGGAGGAGCAGCUGGGACAAGCCUUUGAUCAAGUUAAUCAGCUACAGCAUGAGCUAUCCAAAAAAGAGGAGUUACUUCGAAUUGUCUCCAUCGCUUCUGAAGAAAGUGAAACUGAUUCCAGCUGUUCUACACCUCUUCGGUUCAAUGAGUCCUUUAGCUUAUCUCAGGGUUUACUGCAAUUGGACAUGCUGCAAGAAAAGCUUAAGGAACUGGAAGAAGAGAAUAUGGCUCUUCGAUCAAAGGCUUGUCACAUAAAGACAGAAACUAUUACCUAUGAAGAGAAGGAACAGCAGCUUGUCAAUGACUGUGUUAAAGAACUCCGUGAAACAAAUGCUCAGAUGUCCAGGAUGACUGAAGAAUUGUCAGGGAAAAGUGAUGAACUGAUUCGAUACCAGGAAGAGAUCUCCUCUCUCUUGUCUCAGAUUGUAGAUCUUCAGCAUAAACUUAAAGAACAUGUGAUUGAGAAAGAAGAACUAAGACUUCACCUACAAGCUUCCAAAGAUGCCCAACGGCAACUAACAAUGGAGCUACAUGAGUUACAAGACAGGAAUAUGGAGUGCCUGGGAAUGUUACACGAAUCCCAAGAAGAAAUAAAAGAACUUCGUAGUAGAUCUGGCCCUGCUGCUCAUCUCUACUUAUCCCAGUCAUAUGGCGUUUUUACUGGAGAAUCUUUGGCAGCUGAGAUUGAGGGGACCAUGCGUAAAAAGUUGAGUUUGGAUGAGGAAUCUUCUCUCUUUAAACAAAAAGCCCAACAGAAACGGGUAUUUGAUACUGUCAAAGUUGCCAAUGACGCACGGGGCCGCUGUAUCUCAUUCCCAGCUCUGCUGCCCAUCCCAGGCUCCAACUGUUCAAGUGUCAUCAUGACAGCAAAACCCUUUGAGUCUGGUUUACAGCAAACAGAGAACAAAAUACUCCUGAAUCAGGGAAGCAACUCGGAGGAGCUUCCAGGGAACUCCCAGAAGAUGGACCACCCAGGACUCUCUGGAGAGAGUGAUUUGGCCACAGCCCUGCAUCGCCUUAGCCUGCGUCGACAGAACUAUUUAAGUGAGAAGCAAUUCUUUGCUGAAGAGUGGGAGCGGAAGAUCCAGGUUCUGGCUGACCAGAAGGAAGGGGCUAAUGGCUGCAUUACCCGCACCGAGAGCCUUGCCUCUCUCUGUACCAACCAGUCAGAGAUCACAGACUUCAGCAGUGCCAGUUGCCUUCGAGGUUUCAUGCCAGAAAAAUUACAAAUUGUCAAGCCCCUUGAAGGAUCACAAACUCUGCAUCACUGGCAGCAGCUCGCUCAACCAAACUUGGGGACAAUUUUUGAUCCACGACCAGGUGUUAUUACUAAAGGAUUUACCCAGUUGCCCAAUGAUGCCAUCUAUCACCUCUCAGAUUUAGAAGAGGAUGAAGAGGGGGGUAUCACUUUUCAGGUUCAGCAGCCUCUUCAAGUGGAACAGAAACCUUCAGUAUCCAUCCCAGUAACGGGGAUCUUCCUACCGUCCAUUACUUCAACAGGGGGACCAGUUACAGUUGCAACCUCAAACCCAGGAAAGUGUCUGUCAUGCACAAACUCGACAUUCACCUUCACAACUUGUAGGAUAUUACAUCCCUCUGACAUCACUCAGGUUACCCCCAGUUCUGGGUUCCCUUCAUUAUCCUGUGGAAGCAGCAGUAGCAGUUCAUCAAACACAGCUGUGAAUUCUCCUGCCAUGUCCUAUAGACUCAGCAUUGGUGAAUCUAUCACCAACCGACGAGAUUCUACUAUAACCUUCAGUAGCACCAUGAGCUUAGCCAAACUUCUACAAGAGCGAGGCAUCUCUGCCAAAGUGUACCACAGUCCGGUUUCAGAGAACCCCCUCCUCCAGCCAUUCCCUAAAGUCCUAGCCACCCCUUCUACACCACCAAAUUCACCAUCUCACUCACCUUCCCCUCCUCCUUUGCCCUUCGAGCCUCGAGUACAUCUUUCUGAAAAUUUUUUGGCCUCUCGACCAGCUGAAACAUUCCUCCAGGAGAUGUAUGGCUUGAGACCCUCCCGGAACUCUCUUGACAUUGGCCAGUUGAAGAUGAAUUUAGUGGACAGGCUGAAGAGACUGGGGAUAGCCAGAGUGGUCAAGACCCCUGACAUCAAGGAGAAUGGAAGAAGCCAAGAGGCAGAAGUUGGUCUUCAAAAGCCAGAUUCUGCUAUUUAUUUGAGUGCAGGUAGCAAUUUAUUGGGUGGACUGAGGAGGAAUCAGAGUCUUCCGGUCAUGAUGGGUAGCUUUGGUACCCCAGCUUGCACAUCCUCACCCAAAAUGGGUAUCCUGAAGGAGGACUGAGGCCCAGCAGUUAGCUGACCUCCUGUACAGAUGAGCACAUGAAGGGGAGUAGGCACCACUAAUACAAGUGGUCUAAUCUGACUUGUGAGAAAAGGAAUGUUGCAGAAGGAUUGUGAAUGUGGAAGGGGGAAGUGGAGGGAUGGAAACAAAUUUGGGAUAAGGCCCUAGUGGAUAAAGUAUGGUAAAUUGAAAGUAUAAAUGAAUAGGCCAUGAGUGUUUGGAGGCAGAAAAGGGAGAAAGAUUUAAUACACUCCUUCAGUUAAGUUUUCUUACCUUGAAAAUAAAAAGCAAAUAGAAAAUAAAUUCAGUAAUAUUGAAAUAUACCAGAGAUACUGAACUUCCUGGUACAUUUACUUCCAAUAAGCCUGGACAAGCAGCACCGGGUUAGAAAGAUGGGAUAAGAAAAGGAACAGCUAAAAAAGAAAAAAGAAAAGGAACAGCUAUGACUCUUGCUUAUAGAAAGCUGUUCCGAAUGUUUGGUGGAGUAAGCCCAGUCUGUUAUCUGAGAUAACAGCGACAUGGCUUGUAUGUUUCCCCUGCUAAUGUUGGGUUAAAUUAUGCAUCCAUCAAAUGGUAUGCUCACAGCAUUAGCAAAACAAAGAAUUUUACCUUUUUUAUUCAGAAGUGAAGACUUCCUUUUUCCUUUCUGUUUGUAAGCCCCUGGCAGCCCAAACACCACUCAUAUUCCUGUGUAGUUAUGAUUAAUAAAAGUUCAUUUUUUAAAUUUGCAUUUUUAUACAAUCUCCAAAAAGAACCCAACAUGGGUAGGAUGUGGGAGGGAUUUACUUUCAAGAAAGAAAAUUUGGGUAAAUUGGAGCCAAGGAAACUAGUUUUUAGAAUAUUUCUUCUGAAUAAGCAUAGUAGUGAAGGAAUAUAAACAUAAUUGCAUGUCUUUCAAAUUUCCUUGGGGGUUGAACAGGGUUAAACCAGAAGUGCAAUCAUAGGAAUUAGGGAAUGUUAUAUAUUUAUAUAUGUAAAAUUUUUUGUGCGGAAAGUUGGUUGCAACUUAAACCAACUUUUCCCAAAGUACGCUAUGCAUAUUUUUAAUGAAAAGUAAUAUGUGUUUGCACAAAAAUUCUCAGGCAUAUUAAAUUAUUAUAAGCUGAAGUAAAAUCCAGGUGCUUGCUUCAAGAUUUUGUUUUUUCCUAAUGUAAAAUAAAAUUAAAACAUAUCUGCCUUGUUCUUGAUAUCUGUAGAGGGAGAAUGAACUUAAUGGGUGAAUCAAACCUUUUCCUCUGAGGUUUUCUUUUUCUUUCCCUUCUUUCUUUCUUUUUUUUU